AUGACAGAAAUUUCAACAGGAGGUUGUCCUAUAAAUCAUAAUAAUAAUAACAACAACAACAAUAAUAAUGACAAUGAUAAUAAUUUGAUAUCAAUUUUACAAUCAAAAAAUUCAAAAUGUCCCAUAGGUGAUAAUAAUAAUAAUAAUAAUCAGAUUGAUUCAUCAAAAGGAUGUUCUAGUGAUAAUCUGUCAUCAUCAUCAUCAUCAUCAUCAAUAACAAUAGAUCAAAAUCAAAACUCAUUAUUAAAUACAACACGUCAACGUUCUUCCAUUCCUCGUGUUUCAUCUAAUAUUGUUAGUAAUGGUAAUGAAGAUAAUAAUAAUAAUAAUAAUAAUAUUGAUAAUGACAACAAGAAUCAUUAUUGGGUGUAUCCAUCAGAACAAAUGUUUUUCAAUGCAAUGAAACGCAAAAAUUGGAAUCCUAAUACUGAGGAUAUGAAAGUUAUUGUACCCAUACAUAAUGCCGUGAAUGAAAAAGCAUGGAAAGAAAUUUUGGAAUGGGAAAAAUUACAUGAAAACAAAUGUGGUGGUCCAAGAUUAAUAAAUUUUCAAGGUAGAUCAAAAGAUUUUACACCAAAAGCAAGAAUUUUGAAUUUGUUAGGAUAUAAAUUACCAUUUGAUAGACAUGAUUGGGUAAUUGAUAGAUGUGGUAAACAUGUAACCUACAUAAUUGAUUUCUAUUCAGGUCAACCAGAUCCAAAAUUUCCUGAACGUGUUGCUUCAUUCUAUCUUGAUGUUCGUCCUGCUUUGACUUUCAAUGGGACAAUUGAUAGAAUAAGAAAAUGGGUUAACAGCUGGUUGGUAUAG